AUGAACGUGAACGUUUACGACGCAGAAACGAGCAUUGAGUGUGCGUCCGUGAGUGACCAAACCAGCGCGGUGUGGACGUUCAACCGCAACCACGUCAUCGCCAGCAAGCGAGCCGGCCACAAACUCCACAUCGCUGAGCAUUGGAGGAAGAACAUGAAGGGACUGUCCGAGGCGGGCGGCCUCCACCUGCAGGCGCUGACGGGUCACCAGAGCGGAACGUAUACGUGCACGCUGAGCAACGCCACGCGAACGCGCCUUCACGACGUCUUCCUGAGAGUGACGGCAACCGAACACGGAAAACCCAAGGUGGCUGGCGUUGUGAUCGUUGUGAUCGUCCUGCUCGUCGUCGGAGCCGUGGCUGUGGCGGUGGCCAUCUAUUUGUUAAAGAACAAAAAUUUUGCUUCGCUGUCAUUAUCAGAAAACAAAGAGGGAAAUGAGGCUGAAGCAUCGAAUCAACUUUCAUCACUGUCAGCCCAAAAGCGGAACGAAGAACGUGUGAUCGAACAGGGUUUACUUCAGACCCCAGGUGAGGGACAUCCUGAUCCUGGAAUGGUCGCCAGUCAAUCACAGGGCACAGAAAGACAAACAAACACUCGCACUGAUGGGACAAUUUCGGAUCACAUUUGAGCUUGAACUGUGCCUCAAUGACUUUUUUUUGGGGGGGGGGGUAGCGGGUGAGACCUGGAUUGGCUGUCAGUCAGUCUCAGCUAUGUCGCUGAAAAAUAAGCAAGCAUUCACACCGGAUGUACGAUUGAGGCUCGAUGCUGAGCUGGAGUCGAACCCAGUUGACUUUUGGAGAGAGAAGUGGGGUCCAUCGUCCUGAAUGGCAAAAGAGAAAAGCAUCUUGCGCUGCCUUCCAACUAAAAAUGUGAAAUUGGAGCCAUCCGUCAUGCUGCCGCUUUUGUUGACUUU